AUGUGGACGGACCACUGCCUGCAGACUGGGGACUCGGGUUUCCCGCCCAGCCUCAUGACGGCGUCGACCGAUAUCGUGGUGCAGAAGGGCAUGAACCAGUACGUCGACGCCUACAGCGCCUUCAUGGACAACACGAAAACGCUAAAGACGACCCUGGACACCACGCUGCAGUCGCUGGGCAUCGACACCAUCUACGUCGCGGGCAUUGCCACGGACGUGUGCGUCAGGUGGACCGUGGAGGACGCGCUGACAUUUGGAAACUACGACGUGAAGGUGAUCACCGACGCCACGGAGGCCGUGCUCGGCAGCGAGGCCAACUUCGACAGCGCCCUCGCCGCCAUGGUGAGCGCGGGGGCCACGAGCCUCACGGCCGCCGACGUCCUCGCCAUGGAGUGCCCGCAGGAGACCUCGGGGAGCACGCGCCUCGCGGCCGCGGGCGCCCUGCUCGCCGCGGCCGCGCUGCUGAGCCCUGCCGGGCAGUAG